AUGUCUGUGGUGACGAGGGCCUGGCUGGAGGCCAGCGGAGCCGGGGGGGGGGGACAAGUCCGGCCCAGGGAGGACAGGGACAGCGAACAGGACUCGUGGGUGCUGGAGGACACGUGCCGGCGGCAGGACUUCAACCCCAGCGAGUACGACCUGAAGUUUCAGAGGAGUGUGCUUGACCUCUCUCUGCAGUGGAGGUUUGCCAACCUGCCCAAUAACGCCAAGCUGGAGAUGGUGCCCGCGUCCCGCAGCCGCGAGGGGCCCAAGAACACGGUCCGCAUCGCGCUGCAGCUGGACGACGGCUCCAGGUUGCAGGGCACUUUCUGUUCCGGGCAGACCCUCUGGGAGCUCCUCAGCCAUUUUGCUCCGACCAGGGCGUGUCUGGAGCAGCCGUGGGAGGCCAGCCCGGUCUGCGUGUACAUGAGGGAUGAGGUGACGGGCAGAGCCGCCUUGCAGAGCACGACGCUGCUGUCCCUGGGCCUCACCGGGGGCAGCGCCAUCAUCAGGUUUGCCAUGAGGCGAUGCGACCCGGCCACACGCAGGGAGCCCGGGGGUCUCCGGAGCAAAAGCCCAGCAAGCCCGACCCCCUCCCUGUCGGCGAGAGCAGGCGGGAGCCCGCUUCUUCCCGUGGACUUCGCAGGGCUCAGCCGGGGCGACGUGAGCCGCCAGGAGGAAGCAGGCACCUCGGGGGCCGGCCGCGCAGAUGGCCCGGGCCCGAAGCCCGCGGACGCCCAGGCGCAGCAGAUCUCGGAGGAGCCCAAGCCCACCCCCUUCGUGCCUUUCUCGGGAGGGGGGCAGCGCCUCGGGGGCCCCGGCGGGUCUGCGAGGUGUCUGAUGUCACCGUCCGCCAAGCUGCCCAAGUCCUUCUCCAGCCCCGGAGGCCCCUCCAAGCCAAAGAAGUCGAGGCCCCCGCCGGAGCCGGAGCCGCCGGUGGACCGGGAGCCCGUGGUGUGCCAUCCUGACCUGGGGGAGCUGCUCCAGGCCUGGCCCGCCGAGCUGCCCGACGAGUUCUUCGAGGUCACGGUGGACGACGUGAGGAGACGCUUGGCCCAGCUCAAGAGUGAGCGGAAGCGCCUGGAAGAGGCCCCCUUAGUGACCAAGGCCUUCAGGGAGGCUCAGAGGAAGGAGAAGCUGGAGCGAUACCCGAAGGUAGUCCUGAGGGUGCUGUUCCCUGACCGCUAUAUCCUGCAGGGCUUCUUCCGCCCCAGCGAGACAGUGGGGGACCUGCAGGACUUUGUGAGGAGCCACCUGGGGAACCCCGCACUGCCCUUCCACCUGUUCAUCACUCCUCCAAAGACCAUCCUGGAGGACCACACGCUGACCCUCUUUCAGGUACUGGCCCCUGGCCCGGGCUGGGGUGGACUCUGGGGCCGCUCUGCAGGCCCGGGACGGGGGUGGGGGGGUGCAGAGCCUCUAAAGUUUGGCCUUGUGCUUGCUUCCUGCCUCCUCCGCUGCUGCCCCAGGGGACCGGCCCUUUGGCUGCAGAGCUCCCUGCCCUGGGCCUGGGUGGACAGGGUCCACAGGCAGCGCAGCUGGGGCAGGUCCUGAGGUCAAGGGUCAGGG